GGAGCAGGGGGUGGCACGGCGCGCGGGCGCUGGCGUUGACGCUUCAGAGGGCCGCUGUGGCCUGGGCGGUGGCGGUGGCCUCCUCGGAGUGGUGCGGAUGGGGUAGCCCAGGGGCUGCUGGCGGCCCUGCUGCGAGGCCGGGGAGAGCCCGGGGAGAGCCCGGGAAGCCCGCCGCUGCCUCCCGGGCGACGACACAAGCCAGCUUGAGCAGGGAGAUGGCGUUUCGGGACUGCUUCCAUCUGGCAUAUCCUCACAACCCUCGCCCAGCAGACUUGAUUGAAGUGUUCCGUCCUGGCUACCAGCACUGGGCCCUGUACUUGGGUGAUGGCUAUGUUAUCAACAUUGCCCCUGUAGAUGGUAUUGCUUCGGCACUUUCAAGCGCCAAGUCUGUGUUCAGCACAAAGGCUUUGGUGAAGAUGCAGCUUCUGAAGGACGUCGUGGGAGAAGACAAGUACAGAGUCAACAACAAGUACGACACGACAUACCCACCUCUCCCCGUGGAGGAAGUGAUACUGCGGUCUGAGUUCGUGAUCGGGCAGGAGGUGGCCUACGACUUACUGGUCAACAACUGUGAGCACUUUGUGACCUUGCUCCGCUAUGGAGAAGGAGUGUCAGAUCAGGCCAACCGAGCAGUAAGCACCAUUGGGUUUGUGGCGGCCGCAAUCGACAUCUUCACGUUCCUCGGCUUGUUCCCAAAGAGACGAAGAACAGAAUAUUAGCAGCUUAUUGAAGAGAUUGAAAUUGAAGGAAUCUGCGAGGAGACGGAAAUUCUGGGGUGAAUACUUAUUUUGAACGCAUCAUUAUUUCUCCCAGUCCCCAUGAUGGAUGGCAGACUCUGUAAUAAAUUGCUUGCUGAUUUUAAUCUUAUCAUUGAGACAAGAAAAGUUUUUCCCCACUAGUACAGACUCGCUGUGGCAGCUUGAACAAAAAGCAGUUGCCUUUUGAUGGGGCCAGCUGAGGCUCUUAACAAAAUCAAGAUCACAUUUUAUCUUCUGCUGUAAAUAUUGCUUUCCUUUCCCCUAGGGACAGCUAUUUUGCCAGAGGUGUGGAGAACCAUUUACAUACGCUUCUGAAAGACAGUUAUUAGGGCCAACAUCUAAAUUCAUAUUCCUUUUCUUGUCAGAAAAAAAAAGGCAAGAGGAUAUAGCCAGUCUUCGCUUAGGCAACCUAAGGCUCUCUGAACGACAAAGCGCUUGCUAGUACCCCCGUACGGCUGCACCUGUGCGGGUGUGCGCAUGUAAGAAGAGGCUUGGAAGGGCUUUUGUGUAUGCAUAGAAACUUAUAAAUGGUUUGCAUGUGGAGUGACAGUCCUGGUGACAGUCUUUGCUCUCUGCCCCCCCCCCCCCUUACAGGGUAUAUUGUCCUUCACAGCUUAUGGCAGGCUAGCCACCCCAUGAACUUCCUGAGAGUCUCAUGUCUCUGCCCCAUCUCACUGUAGGAAUUACAGUGAAUCUGGAUCACAGAUGUGCACUACUAAGCCAAGCUUCUAGGGACUCUGGGGAUCUAAACUCAAGGCCUGCCUCAUGCUCAUGUGUAAAAUGCUUUACCUACUGAGGCAUCUCCUGGCUUUUAGCUGUACUUUCAGACCUGGUGAGUUUCCUAGAAUCUACUUACUCGACAGGAAUCAGUGAUGAGCAAUGGGUUGUAUUUUUAUUGAGUUAAAUUGUUCCCUCUAGAUUGUAUAGUAGCACGGUGGUUUGACCUUUGAGCCUUGGCAAGUGAUCAUUAAUAUUGACGUAAAGUGCUAUAUUUAGAACACAAAAUCCCUUAUCCCUUUAAAGACUUUUACUGUAAGCCAAGGAAUUCCAUUAUUUUAUUCUUCUGUUUUAUUGAUUAUGUGUUGAAUUAAACUACUUUUUAAAUACCA